AAAGUUUGUUACAGGUUGAGGAGGCGUUGUGGAGAAGUUGUUUCUCGUCUGAUCUAAUUCAUUCAGCCAAUCAUUACUCAGAAGUACCGACGUUAAAGUAUCCAUGUUUGAUUGAACCUUUUUUUAUGCGUGGAAUUGUUAUCCUUGUCAAACACUUUCUAAAUGAUAUCUAACACACUGCCUUCAUAUUAAAUGACAUGCUACCUGUGAAAUCUAGACUGCAAAAUGAAGGUUCAUGAUUGUGAUGUUCUUAUAUGGGUAAAGGUAUUUUCAAUCUGUAGCCGAAUACAAGUAGAUGGUACACAGAGCGGUGUCUAAAAUAUAGGAGUAGUGUUUGUCCAACCUGCCGCAAUGAAUUUGAAGAUGAAACGUGCCCUUAUGCAGUAAUAACCCCAAAUAACAUUUGCAGUCAGCUCCUCUCACUUCCAUUUGUGCCUACUAGUGGGCUAAUGUCUUCAUUUGAUCUCUUGCAUGUAGUUUGAUCAAACCACGAAAACAAAUUUGGGUUGAUAAAUGCUUAACAUGUAUAUCAUUUUGUAAACCCAUGUCACUACAUUUUGGAGAGCAAGACAGACAUGCUGUUGCCAUGUGAAACAGGAUGCUGUUUUAUCUGUGAGCUUAGUGGUUAGUGGUGACAGCAGCAGGGGGGGUGUAUGUAACUGUUGGACUGUACAAAGCCCUACAUGAGACUAUACUUGGUUGGGCAAUGUUAAGGAAGUGUCUGCUCUUCAUGUGCAUCCUCUUGUCAUUCUGCGAGUCUGUAUGUGCUGUUGUGACUGAUGGCUCCAGCAUGCUGGUGACAUGCUGCUGUAAUAGGAUAUCUCUUCUCUCUGGAUCAAACUCUCCUGGUGCCGUACAGUACCUUCAGGACAGUGGUUGGAGGCCACAUAGGUAGGCCUACCAUAGGUGAUUCUGUGAUGAGCCGUCGCAAGGUGUCUUUGAAGGAGCUGGGUCAGGUGGACUGCCAGGGCUGGCUCUACAAGAAGAAGGAGGGCAAGGGCUUCCUGGGAACAAAAUGGAAGAAGUACUGGUUUGUUCUGAAAAAGAUCUCCAUGUACUGGUACACUGGUCAGACGGCUGAGAAAGCAGAAGGAUACAUCGACCUUACAAACUUCACUGUCGACCAAGCAACAGAGUGCAAGAAAAAGCAUGCUAUGAAGGCCAGCCAUCCACAGGUUGUGACACUCUACUUUGCCGCCGAGAGUCUGAGAGAGAUGAACAAGUGGCUGUCUAAACUGUCAGCAGCAGCGGCUGCUACACUGAACGAGUCGUCACGAGUCGUCGAGAGGAACACUGGGGAGUGCUACAGUGAGGAGAGUGACCAAGAGGAGAUUGAGUCACUGGAGACAUCUGACGUUUUCGACUCUGAGCAGCUGACCAUAGACUCUGUUAAUGGAGAUGUCCCCCCAUCUUGCUCCACCUCGUCCCCCUGUCACUCCACUGACCCCAUGUCUGCCCCUGACAGCAUUGUGACUUCAGAGAGCAUGGAGUCCUGGCUGGAUGUCCCUUCUCCAGGGAGGGCAGUGGGACAGGGCGCUCCCCUCCACCCCUUCAGACUGGAAGAGGAGGAUGGACCGGGGGCUGAGGCCCAGGGAGGAAAGGAGGAGGGCACAUCUGAUGAAAUGGAGGCACUGUACAUCCAUCUGAAGCAUGCCAGACUAUCUCCAACUGGAGAACUGAAGAGGGACUUCAGAGCGUCAUUCAUUCAACGCUGCAAAAAUGACAGAGUCAAUGAGAAGCUGCAUCUGGUUAGGACCCUCAACAGCACUUUAAAGGCAAAAGAAGCCGACCUGUUGGCUAUAGAACACGUGCUGGCAGAUCCCAUUCUUACUGCACAGAGGUAUCGUCAAUGGAGGGUUGGGAACGUGGCGCUACUGCAGGAGAUCACUCAUCGCAAAAAGGGCCCACCAGGUGGCAGCAGAGAGCAGUCGUUCCCCCUCGAAGCUCCACGGACCCACUGCAUCGCUGAAACCAGUGUGUGACCAACACAGAACAAUGAUAGGCAUAGAGGCAUCGGAUACGAUUCUUCAUGGCCCGUAUUUAUAAAGCGGCUCAGUUUAGGAGUGUUGAUCUAAGAUCAACCCCCCCCCCCCCCCUUCCCCUUAAGGCGAAACUGAUUUUAGAUCAGCACUACUCUGAGAUACUUUAUAAGUAGGAGCCCAGGCAUGCCCGUAAACAAAAAAACAACAGCAUUGUAUUCCUUAUUUUAUCGAGAAUAUUCCUGAAAAUGUGCCGUGGAUAUUCCUA